AUGCACUUCACAGGCUCCUCCUUAUCUCCUUGCUCUGACUUUCCCGCCUCCUGCAAGCUGUCAUCCUCUGUUGGCAUUUGCAUGUUGGUGCAGCACUUGCAAGGGAAGAAAACCUCACUUCACCUCCUAGGAGGGAUACGGGGUUUUAUGGGAACUGAGCACUCAAAGAACGAGGGGCGAAGAAGCAUGUUUUUUCUGAGGAAAGGUCCAAAGUUGCCUGCGUGGGAAGAUGCUCUUCUCUCAGGGAAAGAGCCCAAGUCACUGCUGAAACGGGGACUGCGUUAUGUCAGCUUGAGCCUCAUAAUGAAAGGGAUGACCAGAACGCCUGACUUCUUGUGGGGACUGCCCGAGGUGCAGAAACUGAACCUUUCACGCAACCAGCUAGCGGUGAUUCCUCCUUCACUGGGGAAACUGGACAGGCUGGUAGUGCUGAACUUGGGUGGAAACUGCCUCAAGUGCCUGCCUAAAGAGAUUGGGCUGCUGAGGAACCUGAAGGUCUUGUUUGUCAAUAUGAAUUGCCUGACAGAAGUGCCAGCAGAGCUCAGCUUGUGCAGAAAGCUGGAGGUUUUGAGCCUCUCUCACAACCGCAUCUCGCAACUGCCUUUGAGCUUCACUGACCUGACAAGCUUGAGGAAACUGAACCUCAGUAACAACCGCUUUGUGCAAAUUCCCCUCUGCAUUUUCGCACUGAGGAGCUUAGACUUCUUGCACCUAGGGUCCAACAGGCUUGAAAACAUCGCAGAGAGUGUCCAGUAUCUGGUCAAUCUGCAAAUCUUUAUCGUAGAGAAUAACAACAUACGCACCCUGCCACGGUCCCUCUGCUUCAUCACCACUCUGGAGUUACUAAACGUUGAUUACAACGCCAUACAGAGUCUCCCGGACGACCUCUACCUGCUACACCGGCUGCCACGCAUCGCGUGGAACCCAAUGGACAAAGGCCUCCACAUCGCCCACAACCCCUUGUCCCGGCCCCUGCCCAAGGUCGUUGAGGGGGGGCUGGAUGUCCUCUUCAACUACCUCAGGGAGAAAAAGGAGCACAACUGA